AUUGUCAAUAUGAUCAAUAAAAUAAUUUAUAAUUUGUAUAUAAGACAUAAUAUUAUAAUUUAUUGUAAAAUAUAAUAGAUAUCAUUCUCGAACCGCGUGCACACUAACCGGGAUUUCAAUGCAAUACAGAAACAUAAUUACAUUAGGUAGGUAUACAGCCGAUACAUUGGUCAGUGGUGGACCGUGGUCGAGGAUGAAAAAACGAAACCAACAACUAACAAGUCUCGAAUAAAACGAAUAAACGAGUGUAGGUUCACGUACGAUUAAUUACAUGCGUAGAUUUGCACACGUGUAUGCCUGCCUCAGCGGAUGGCCGACGGUCGGGUUUAAGGACGAUGUAUGAAUGAACGCACAAAAAAAAAAAAAAUUAAAAAAUACCAAACCGAACGAAAAGUGAACGGCGCUUACCUGUGCAACAGUGGCGGCGGUAAGUGCGUCUCGCGUGAAUCUCUGCGGCGGAGUGGGAGCGAACGGCAGUGGCGAGCUGCAGUGGUGGCAGCGGCGGCAGCGACGACGGUGAAGAAGGAAGUUACGCUUGAAACCUACUGUACAGCAACUCGUCAUUCGCUUAAUCACUUUUUAUUAUUAUUAUAUUUUCCGGUGAAGACGACAGGCGGCCUCGAUCACUCAGGUGUGGAGCGAUGUCGGGACGAAAGCUCACAAUGGCCAACAGAAAAUGACAUCGUCCGGCGAACACGACAUGAGUUCAUUCGGACAAAAAAAGUGUAGAGCGGACAAGUACAAUGGGACCGUGUGGGUCAAACUCGUCGAACUUUCAAUUACGGUCUAUGUCAAUAACACCGGAACAAAACAUUCGCCGGACGAAUCUCUUCGUCCGGCUCCACAAAUGAGCCACGUCUAGGACUGACCUUGUUUACCGUCGGGUCGGUUCGUACAUCUCCGCGGCCGCCCCGGGUCACCAUGCCCCGAAAACUAACUGUCUCGUGGUCCGACAGUUUUGUCUAGCCGUUUGUGAACUCAGCGUGACCAAACUGUGCUGCAAUGUUGUUUAUCGGACUUAGCUGCAGCGCGACGCGUCGGCUUCGACCAGCCGAACCAGUGGCAAAGACGACAAGACGGUUGACAGAAACUGGAUUUCGCCAAUAUCCACGGUGGCAAACGUCAUUUCUACUGGGUUAAACGAAUCGUCAGACGUUGAAACUUUCAAUUCCGUCAUUGCGAACCCUACCUUACUCUAUACAUUACAAUUGUAUUUAGUUAUAGUUGAAAACAAUGUAUUAUUUGAACGCUGAUUUUUAAAGUAAUUAGUAAGAAGU